AUGUUGGAGCUACCAGUAGUAUCUCUUGAUGAUUACCUUCGUGAUCCCACUUCUGAUUCAGGUAGGAAAGCCGCACAAGCUACGGCGGAAGCUUUGAUCCUCACUGGUGCUGUUGUCGUGAGAGAUUCGCGUGCUCCUAAACAAGCCAACGACAGAUUUCUGGAUCUAUUUGAAGACUAUUUUGCGCAAGACAGGGAGGAGUUGGAAAAAGAUCUUCGACCCGAGGUGGGGUAUCAGGUCGGCGUGACUCUCGAGAAUACAGAACGGCCGAAGUGUUCGUCUGACGAGGAAUGCCUCAGUGUCAUCGCUAUGCUGGAAGAAACACAAAGACCAGUAGACCUCAGUGGGCAUGGUGCUGAUCCAAAAUGUCGAUGGUUCCAUCGAAUGUCAGAAACGCCACCUUAUCCUUCGGCCUUUCCAGUUUGCUCGGCUCCCAAUGUCACUCCACGCGCUUUCCCCGACUGGGAAGUUCGUGUGAAUGAGUGGGGAGGGUUCAUGAAGCAAGCUGUGGAAGGAGUGACACGGAUGCUCGCGGUAGGUCUGGGAUUAGACGAGUUUGCUUUCCUUUCCGUAGGCAAAUUUGGGUCACAUUUACUUGCGCCGACAGCCACCGAUUUGGAGAAGUACGGAAAGCUCAACACUAUCUUCGCUGGUUUCCAUACCGACCUCAACUUCUUGACGAUUCAUGGGCAGUCCCGAUAUCCUGGCUUGCACAUAUGGGCAAGAAAUAGUGGAAAGAGAAUUUCUGUCCGAAUUCCUCCGGAAUGUCUACUGGUGCAAGCUGGAAAGCAACUGGAAUGGGCUACUGGGGGAUUGAUCAAAGCCGGGUUUCAUGAAGUCGUAUGCACGGAGGCGACCUUACAAGCGAUGGAGAGACGCAAGCGUGAAUUUCCUGACCGACCUCUGAAUCGUAUCUCCUCCACUUUCUUUUGGCAUCUAUCACCCGAUCAUCUUCUCCAGCCGGACCCGAUCCUUUCCAAAAUGGCAGAAGACCGAUUUGGUCCACAGAAGGCCUAUGGUGCUAUGCUUGUAGGAGAACAAGUUCAACGAGAGUUGGGAUUGAUUGCUCUCAUGCCUUCGAAUUGA